AAAUGGAGAUUUUGUUUCACUUUUACAAAAACUUGAAUCCUGACACAUCUAGUCAUUUAAUCAUUUUCAAUUUAUCAAUACAAAACGGGUCUACAGUAUUAUUACACAAAUUCAGGAAAAAAAUUUCAGCCUUACAAAUUCAACAAAGCCAAAAACCAACCAACGAAGUUUCUUGUUGAUUUAAGGAGUUCUUCCUCAGCUUUGUUGUUUCCAUAAAUGGAUAUGUCAGGACAUAGCUUAAAAACCGAUACGCAGAGCAGAAGGUCGGUGAAAUCUCAUGCAAGCAAACUGCAUGUAUUCGAAUACACUGCUCCGCAGGAUUUGGACGUUGUGGCCAUUAUAUACAAAUUCUAUCUAGAGGACUUCCGCAACUUUACAGAAGAGGAGCGCCAAACGCGAUUGGCCAGUUUGGAUGCUCUUGACAUGCUGCGAACCAUCGAGCAAGUGCACAAUGAUGUGGCUACUCUGAGGUUAGAGAAUCACAUAAUGGUGGAGUUCCUCGAAAAAAACGAUCCAAAGUUGUUGUUGGGAUUGAGGCAGCGUCGCACUUCGAUUCUAAGGAAGUUGCAAACAAAAAGGGGAUCUGCACAGGGAAGUCAUGGCGUGAGUAGCCGGCACUCAAGCUCCAAACGCUCAAUACCCAUGUCAGUGAAUCAGCUGGUCUCGAUAAGUGGCAUAGCAGCCCCAGAAAAGCGUCGCGGAAUGGACUACAAGCUAAACUUCAAGGCCAAGGCUGAAAUGGCCGAGAAAAGAGCAGCUGAGGUGGAGAAGCGGGUCACGGAUAUCGAAAGGAAUGCUAUGACCGAAGUAAAACAGCUAAGGGCCAAGAUCGAGGAGCUCCGUUUUCGAAGUGAGGAAACCAUUGAGACGGAGAACAACUUCAUGCUUCACUUCCUCAGAGAUGAGAAUGAUGUGGCCUUCUUGGAAUCCGCCACCGAGCGGCAGAUUGAACGCAAGCUACGCAAGUUUACCACAAAUUGGUUUAAAAAUGCUCGAGCUCUACUGGGAACUAUGAAAUUAACCAUAGUAUCUCUACAAGAAACAUGCCAGCAGCAUCGGGCCGAUCUGAUAACGAAAUCAGAUCUAAGUGGUAUCUUGACGGCGGUGGAUUUUGAGAAGCUGAUUAUUAAGAGAACUGAGCUGGUAAAUCAAUUGGAGGAAAAGAAUAUCCACAUGGCGGGACUCAAAGGAGUCACAGGCAAAACUUCUUUGGCCAUGACAGAGGAAAAGCAGGCCAUGAUGAACUUGGAGACUGAAAUGCGCACCGUUUUGAAUAGAACCGAAGAAGUCACGCGUGCCAUCCAGAAACUUGAGAAGGAGGUAGCCGCCGUUCAAAUGCACAACACCAAAGACUACGUGACCCUCGAUGAGUUAAGGGCACAGCUCCAGGAGUAUGAGGCCCCAAGUGUCAGCGAGUAUAUCGAGCGGAAGGAGGAAGCCCACGUCCUUGAAAAGGAGGAAAAAAUGCUGCAACGUAAGAUCUAUAUCCUCAACAUGAAGCUCAACAAUGCUAUUCGCCGGCGAAACCGACUCGAGGACAAUUAGGAUAAGGAUCAUUAUUUGUUGCAUCACAUAAAUAAGAAAUAGCCUACAUGUUUAAAAA